UUUUCGCGAGGUCAACAACAUGGGUACCAAAGCGACAGCCUGAGAUUCCGCCAUCUAUAUGUCGAUAGAUUCCGCAGUCACAAAAUCAUGAAGUUUCGGAACCCAAACAGGUGGGAGAAGGGAAGAAGUAGAAAUUCGAAGAGUACAUUCUUGUUCCCGCCAUUUUAUUUCCUCUUCUCCGCACAACGCUGAACGACGCAUAUCAUAUUCAUUGUAUCACUAUUGAUUGGCAACGAUGAGUGUUAAGAAUUGCGAAUUGCCGUAUUAUGUAGAAUAUUCUAAAAGUGGGCGUGCUGGAUGCAAGACGUGCAAAAAUAGCAUCGCGCAAGGAAGUUUGAGAAUCGCCGCAAUGGUGCAGAGUCCGUUCCACGAUGGUAAAAUACCUCAUUGGUAUCACUCUGAUUGUUUUUUUCUGAAGCAGCGCCCAAAAACAACAGAUGAUAUUGCUAAUUUUGAUGGAAUCCGAUGGGAGGAUCAAGAAAUUGUUUCAAAGGCGCUUGAAAAUGUUUCAAAUACGGCACCUACUAGAGGAAAGAAGCGAUCUGACGCCCCAUUAUCAGGAGCUUUGAAAGACUUUAAAGUUGAGUAUGCUAAGUCUAGCCGAGCCAUGUGUCGAGGCUGUGAAGAAACUAUUAUUAAAAAUGAGGUCAGAAUAUCAAAAAAGGAUUACGAGAGUGAAAAUGCCAGAGCCUACGGAGGUCAAGAUAGAUGGUAUCAUAUCCAAUGCUUUUCAAAGCUCAGAAAAGAGUUGGAAUUCUUUGAAACUGGAAAAAAGCUUCCUGGUUUUGAUGGACUGAAUAAGGAGGAUCAAGAGACCCUGAAAAAAACUUUAAUGAAGAUUAAAGAAGAUGCACCACCAACAAAGAAACUUAAGUCUGAGCCUUCUGAUCCCGAGGAAGAAUUACAGCUGAAGCUACAAAAUCAGAUGGUUUUCAGUAUGAGAGACAAGUUAUCGGCACUUCACAAACGUGCUCUUAUUUCCUUGUUAGAAGCUAACAAACAAAAAGUUCCCGAAGGAAUCUCCGAUAUGUUAGAUAGAAUCUCAGAUGCAAUGAUUUUCGGAGUUUUAAACCCAUGCACAAAAUGCCAAGGGCAAUUGGUUUACAACUCUGGGCUUGGUUACAUAUGCACUGGUGAUAUAACAGAGUGGACAAAAUGUGAACAUGUGACACAAGAUCCAAAACGAUCAAAAUUCGUAGUGCCUGCUAACCUUAAAGAGGCGCAUCUUUUUCUUAAAGAAUACAAAUCUAGAGUGAUGAGAAGGUUGAUUCGUAUCACAGCACCUACCACAUCUUCUUCUGUUAAAAAAGAAGAUGAAAUAGACAGCGGUCCAAAAAUACAAGCGAAACCAAAACCAUUGAAAAAUAUGGAGUUUUUUGUAAUCGGCAAAAUUCAGAGAGACAAGGAAGAGCUGAAAAAAGAGAUAUUGCUCUUGGGGGGCAAACUUGGUACAAAAAUUCACAAAAAUCUGGCUGCCUGCAUUUCUAAUCCAACGGAGGUUGAAAAAAUGAACAAAAGAAUGCAAGAAAUUAAAGAGGCCGACAUACAAGUAGUUUCAGAAGACUUCAUUGACGAAGCCAAAGAAUUUGAUAAACCAGCCAUUAUGCUUAUUAAUAAAAAAAACAUAUGCACAUGGGGCGGAGAUCCAAGUUUACGAAUUACAGCAGUGAUGGAAAAAUCAAAGUCCAGGGGUAAAAGUCAGUUUGAAAAGUCUGUGUCUGGAAAGAUCAAGAUGCGUGUGAAAGGUGGAGGAGCGGUUGAUCCCGAUAGCGGGCUAGAAGAUAGGGCCCACAUUUACGAAAAUGGUCGAGAUAAGUAUACGGUAACUCUCGGAAUAACUGACAUACAAUCAAAGAAGAACAGUUAUUACAAGUUACAAGUACUGAAAGAUGAUAAGCAGAAAAAAUACUGGUUAUUUCGGAGUUGGGGAAGAAUCGGCACAUCCAUUGGAGGCACAAAGAUAGAAAACCUUCCACUGGAAAAGUGUAUAGAGCAAUUUGAAUUUUUAUAUGAGGAGAAAUCGGGUAACAAAUGGAGUCGUCGUGACAACUUUAUUAAAAUCCCAUCUAAGAUGUACCCAAUUGAUGUAGACUAUGGCGGAGAUGAUGAUACAACGAAAAAAUUGAUGGAAUCGGAGAUAAAGAGUAACCUGAAAAAACCGCUACAAGAUUUGAUUAAACUUAUUUUCGACGUUGACACAAUGAGAAAAGUAAUGUUGGAAUUCGAAAUAGAUUUGGCUAAAAUGCCACUGGGUAAAUUGUCAAAGAAACAAAUCGAUAAGGCUUACAAAGUGCUAAGCGAAUUGCAAGAAUUCAUCAAAUCUGGCGGGGUCGACUAUUGUAAAUUUGUGGAUGCUUCAAAUAGGUUUUACACGCUUAUACCACAUGAUUUUGGAGUAUCAGAUCCGAUAAUUUUGAAAAACGAGGAGCAAAUCAAAUCCAAGUCGGAGAUGUUGGAUUCGUUACUGGAGCUAGAAAUUGCCUACAACUUAUUAAAUGCAAAAACAGAUGAAUCUAAGAAUCCUCUUGAUGCCCAUUAUGAACAGUUGAAUACAGACAUUGACGUUCUUGAUGUAGAAACAAAUGAAUACAAAUUAAUUGAACGAUAUGUAAAGAAUACCCACGCAUCAACUCAUUCUCAUUACGAGCUGGAGAUAGAUCAAGUAUUCGUGGUAAAACGUAAAGGCGAGGACAAGCGUUACAAGCCAUUUAAGAAGCUACCAAAUAAAAAGCUCUUAUGGCAUGGAUCGAGAACUACAAAUUUCGUCGGUAUACUGUCCCAGGGUUUGAGAAUUGCGCCACCUGAAGCACCUGUCACCGGUUACAUGUUUGGUAAAGGUAUAUACUUUGCUGAUAUGGUGUCAAAAUCAGCCAACUAUUGCUGCACUAACCGACAAAAUCCGACUGGAUUGUUGCUACUGUGCGAGGUAGCUCUGGGCAAUACCUAUGAGCGACACGCAGCGGAUUACGUUGAAAAAUUACCAAAAGGUAAACAUUCUACAAUGGGUCUGGGUCAGACUCAACCAGACCCAGACGAUUUUCACAUUACAAGUGAUGGAGUUCAGGUGCCAUACGGAAAGCCAGUACCAGCUAAGCUUUCAAAGUCAACUUCUCUUUUGUACAACGAAUAUAUUGUAUAUGAUGUGGCCCAAGUUCAAGUACAAUAUUUGGUCAAAACUAAUUUCCGGUACAAACUAUAAGCUGAAAUACUUUCAAUGUUACUUGCCAGCUGCCCUACCUCAAACAAGUAGUUUGAUAUUUGCAUACCACACAGACCAUUUGAGGUCGCCAAACUUCCAAAUAAGGCCUACCGAUUUGAUAAUGAAUUAUGCGUAAUAAUAAGUUGUAUUGUGUUUGUCAAGUCUACUCGUUUUUGUUUUUUAUACUUUGAGCAUAGGUAUAAGCUGAGUACAUCAGUCCAAUCCUGAUGCAAAUGUUUUUCUCAUUGAUUACGCUACCGAGUAUCAGUCAAGUUUAGGCCCAAGCUUCAACCAAAAGACUGGGCUACAAUAAAUUAAAUUUCAAAUACAUCUACGUAUACAUAGAAGUGCUAUUAUCAUGGGACAUUCAACCUUGAAAAAUAUUACCAAGUUUUUAGUUUGCUAUGAUAAAUAAGUGAAGGGAAUCCAUUGUCGGCAUUCAAAUCAGGAACGAUAUUGAAAUGUUAUUGAGAGCAAAAUAAAUUAGGACUUCAGACCAAACCAGUGAUAUGAAAAUUCAUAUUUGAUUCUUGCGCUAUAUUUCCUUCAUCUUUUUACUUUUGGCAUAUAGUUAUACUUGGUAUAUAUGAUGGUUUCUACUUCUCAUAGGUAUGUAUCCUUAUUUGAGAAUAGUGAUAAAUUCCGAAGUUACCUUCUGUCCAAUAUUUUUUAUACAAUAAUCAUCAGCCAUAUUUUCUACGAGACGAUUUUUACUUUCAAUAAUAAAUCAUACUAACAUAGAUAUUAAAACCGUAUUUUAUGUUGCAAUUGUUGCCAAUUUCAUUUUCCACUUUUCCAUUGUAUCCUUAUUCCUUGAAAUUUCACGUAAGUAUACAGAUAUGUGACAUGCAAAAUUAACGAAUUUUAAUCUGUCAGUGUAUCAGAUGCAAGCAAACGAAAAAAAAAAAUUCAUGCAAUAUGACAAUUUGGUACGUACAGAAAAAUUAAGCAACAUAUCUGACACCGAUAACUUGAUACAGGCAUUUCCUUGGAAACGUCUCACAUCCUCCUUCAUGGUUUUUAUGUUUCCGAAAAAUGAUUCGAAAUAUUGAGGAAACAUUACGCGGAAUAAAUGAAGAGCACGUGUUGUGUAAAAUUUUUAGAUUCGAUAUAUAUUAGUACAAUGGUAGUACAAUUAUUGAUUAAUAUUCAAAAUGAAAAUCGAAGUAAGAUUGGUCGAACGUAUUGAUACGAAUAUAUCCAUCUUCUCCGCCUGUAGAAUAACUCCGUCCAUUAGGAUGAAAGGCCAAAGAAUUGAUAGGGCCAAAAUGGCCUUUGAGUCGAGCAAAUUCUUCCUCAAA